AUGAAUGAAAUAGAAGAACAAGAAAAAUAGUUAUACUAUCUUUAGAGAUAGAAAAUUGCUCAAUAAGAGAAACAGUUACUAAUGAAGGAUCAAUUGAUAUUGGAAUUGCAAAGCAAAUACAAGACUCUCUAUGAUGAUUAUUAGCAUAAUUUAAGAGUUAUUAAAGAUAGGGAUGAGGAACUGGAUGAAAUAACGGACAAGCUUCUCUCUAUGAAACAGUAGAAUGAUAAAUAGCUGAAUGAAUAUAUUGAAUUGGAAGCUGAGAUACAUAGAAAGCAGGAAGAAUGGAAAUUGUAACGGGAUAAUUUGAAAUCAAAGAAUGAUGAAUAAAGGAAAGAAAUUAAAUAUUUAAAGCGCAUUCAUGAAGAGGAGAUAAAUUAAUUCUAAGCCAAAUACAAAUAAACGCUUCACUAAUUAGAGUAAUUGAAAAAUGAAAAAUUAUAUUUCAAAAAUCAAUAGGAUUAAUUACAAGAUUAAAAGGAGCAGAUCGAAUAAUUGCUCUAAAAAUACAAUGAUCAAAAGAACAUCAUCAUUAAGUUGGAGCAAGCUUCAGAGUAGCAUAUCCAAAUCAAUAAUGAAAAUGCUUAAUUACAAUAGAAACUCAAUCUUCAAAAACAAUAAUUCAAUGAGCAAAUUGGCGAAUUUCAAAAUGAUAAUCAACUUUUGAAAUUGAAAAUCUAGUAAUAAUAAUAAAUUAUUGAUUAAAUCAAAAGAGACCAUGAUGAUUAAUAGGGAUAGGAUUCUAUCAAUUAAAAUAAAUUAUAGUCGAAGAUUAUUUAAUUGCAAUAAGAGAAAUAGGAACUAGAAUAUAAGUUGUUGGAGAUGAAAUAAAAAAAGAAAACUAAAGGUAAGUUUUUGAAGGAGCAGACUCAACAACAACUGAAAUCGAUUCAAACUCAGUCAGACGAGAAGAUUAGAAAAUUGGAAUAUUAAUUGCAAUAGUAUUUGAUUGAGAAUGAAAAACUAUAAAUACAAGAAGCUAAUUAGAAGGAAAAAUGCUAGGAAAUAGAAACCAAGCUUAAUCGACUGGUUUUCGAUAAUGAAUAAAGAGUAUAGUAAUUACUUAAAAAUAAUGAGUUGGAUAAAAAACAAUCAAAGAAUGAUUUGGAUCUGAAGAUUUAUUAAAUUACUUAAUUAAAUGACGAAAUAGUAAAUCUAAAAUCGACAAUCAAUGAGUCAAACAAAUUACUAGAUAAUAUGGCAGCCAAAAUUUAAGAAUUGAAGAAUGAAAAUAACAUUUUAAUAGAGGAAGUAGUCAAUUUGAGAAAAAACAAUAAUUUAAAUAAUACUAACAAAAAACCCUAAUAAUAAUAAUCCAAUCCUUCCAAUAAGAAACCAUCAUAAUAGUAGCCAUAGCUACAAUAACCAAUUCAAUAACCCAAGAUGAAAUUCUUAGAUGAGGAGGAAGAGGUGGAAUCAGUUGAAAAACUCCUCUUUAGUGGCGAUGAAGGGCCUGUAUCUAGUCUACUAUAGAGGGGAUCUAUGCAAUAGUAGAUCAAAUAAUCUAAGCAAUCCUUGUCUAAGCAUCAUCGAAGUUUGGAAUAGGAAAAUGCUCAAUUAAAAUUGUUUGUGAAAGACAUGCAUUAAACCAUGGAGAAUACAAAGGAUUAGUUACUUUUGAAGGUUUAGGAAUUAAAUAUCCAAAAGCAAGAGUGUUAUUAAGCCAAAGAAAAAAUAUAAUCGCUCUAACAGGAAAUCUUGAAGUAUAAAGAAUAAAUCUUAAUUCUCUAAGCAUAAACAAAAAAUAAUGAGGAUUUGGAAAGUGUAACGAGUGAAUUAAAAUUAUAGAUAGAGAAUCUUAGUAAAAAACUUUAGAAUUCAAAGGAAGUUAUUUUGAAGUUGAAGUAAGAAAGAGAGAAGCUCUUGGAUAUUACAAAUGAAUUGAAUUAAAAAUUAAAGGAUUCUGACAAUCAGGAAGAAUUGUUAUAGAUGCAAACUGA